AUGGCCGCACCGGCUGGGGCUGGCGAUGCCGGGCAGAGCAUCGGCCUCCUCAGGCCAGAUGCUAAAGAGAGCACGGCGGCCAGCGACGUGCACAAAUCGGGCGAAGCGGCAAAUGCUGCUGACGCGCAACCAGAAGGGCCGGCAGAGGCAGAGCUGCCCAGAAAGCAGAGCUCCAGGAACUCGGCCAACCGGCGGACUCGAUGGGCCCCCGAGGAUUCACUUCGGGAUGCCGUCAUUGGCUACAUUGGUGACGAUGAAGAAGAUCCCCCGCAGGCUGGACAGGCAGUGCCGCGUCAGAGCCGGGACGUUCAGCAGCUGAUUAGCGAUGGCGUAGAUGUUCCCAUCGCCAAGGACCAGCGUUCCAAGUAUGUUUGGGUUGCUUUGGCCAGAGGGCGAGAGGCUGGCAGCAAAGGUGACCCGAUGAAGGAGGCCGAGCCGGCUCAAAGGACGAAGAAGUACACCUGGAAUGCUGAAGAAAUAGUGCCGGUGGACACGAAACUAGCUAGAGACAUCGACCUCCGGUGUGAUCUCUGCGGGUUGGACUGCACAGAGGUACUCUAUGAAUUCCGCUGCUACCCGCGCAUGCGUGCCAAAGAGCCUCGCCCGGCUGGGGGCAGGCGGCUUCAUCCCUUUGUCAGUUGGCGGCUCAGUCUUUCAUGGUCUUCAUGCUUAUGA